AGGGGGCGCCCAGACUCCAGGGGAAGUGGGGAACGCAGGCGUCACUUAGGACCUCUUGGAGAAGGCUCCUUUGCCUCUGCUCACCAGGCCCGGCUUCCUGCCCACGCCCCUGCCCUCGCCUGCGAGCGCUCGCCUACGUUGUUCCUCUGUUGACACAAACAAGACUUCUGGCUACCAGCCCCAUGGCCACCUGCCCGGUCCUGCAGAGGGAGACCUUGUUCCAGCUGGGAAGCCACACCUACAGGAUCCCGGCUCUGCUCUUCCUGCCCCAGCAGAAGACGCUGCUGGCCUUCGUGGAGAGGCGGGGGAGCAAGACGGAUGAGCACGCCGAGUUGAUCGUGCUGCGCCGGGGAGACUACGAUGCAGCCACCCACCGGGUGCAGUGGCACGCGCAGGAGGUGGUGGCCCAGGCGCAGCUGGAGGGCCACCGGUCCAUGAACCCCUGUCCCCUGUAUGACGCGAAGACGGGGACUCUCUUCCUCUUCUUCAUCGCCAUCCCGGGACAGGUCUCUGAGUACCACCAGCUCCACAGCAAGGUCAACAAGACACGGCUGUGCCACGUCACCAGCUCCGACCACGGGAGGACCUGGAGCCAGGCCACAGACCUCACCAGCUCCGUCAUUGGCCAGGCCCACAGCGCAUGGGCCACCUUUGCCGUGGGCCCCGGGCACUGCCUGCAGCUGCGCAGUGGCAGCCUGGUGGUGCCCGCCUACGCCUACCGGAACCUGCCCGACCUCCCGCACCCUUCCCCCUACGCCUUCUGCUUCCUCAGCCAGGACAACGGGCGCACGUGGAACACGGGGAACUUUGUGGCCCCACAGACCCUGGAGUGCCAGGUGGCAGAAGUCAGGGCUGGGGGGCAGAGGCUGCUGUAUCUCAACGCCAGAAGCCCACAGGGCUCCAGGGUCCAGGCCCAGAGCACCAACGGUGGGCUCGAUUUUCAGGAGGCCCAGGCCGUGAAGGCGCUCGUGGAACCCCCCCACGGCUGCCACGGGAGCGUGGUCAGCUUCCCCAGCCCCACGGCGGGGCCACAACGCCGGGGGAGGUGGCUGCUCUACACCCACCCCACCGACUCCCAGCAGAGGUCCAACCUGGGCGCGUACCUCAACCAGCAGCCGCCCAACCCCGAGACCUGGUCGCAGCCCACGCUGCUGGCCACGGGCAGCUGCGCCUACUCGGACCUGCAGAGCAUGGGGCCCGGGCCCGACGGCUCGCCUCUGUUUGGGUGUCUGUACGAGGCCAAGAAUUACGAGGAGGUGGUCUUCCUACUGUUCACGCUGAAGCAGGCCUUCCCGACCGCGGUCGCGGCUACGGCUGAGUCCGAGUGAGCCCACGAGCAGACACACCGGGGAACGGCUUUGCAGAGAGAGAGAGAGAGAAGCCGGGCCUGGGACAACGAAGCCAGCUCAAGUCACUGCCUCUACCAGGACCCGUGCGGCAAACACCACACCCUUGCGGUUGCGGCCUAAAGCUACAGAACAGCAUUCCUGCCCAGCGCUGGAGGCUGCAAUCUGAAGUCAAGCUGUGGGGGCUGCUCCCUCCAAAGGCUGCGGGGAGAUCCUUCCUCACGAUCCGGCUCCCGGGGUCUCCCGCUGCGUCACUCUGGUCCCUGCCUGCGUCUUCCCACAGCCCUGCCCCCUUGGUUCUCCCUUCUGCCUCCCAUAGGACCCGUGUCACUGCACCUGGGGCCCUCGCCAAUAAUCCAGGCUGAUUCCACCCCUCAAGAUCUGCAAGGCCCUUCCUUUCUCCAAAUAUGGCCAUGUUCACAGACGCUGGGGCUCAGCACCAGCACUUAGCUGUGGGGGCCACCGUGCAGCCCACUGUAGCCAUCGCAAGUUCUUUUGUAGCCAUGAGGUAGCCAAGGUGGGAGAGAAGCCCAGUGGACCUGAGAGUUCAGAACAGCAGAGGUGGGAGGGUCGAGGUUGUCCUGUGUCUGUGUGCAGACCUGCACUGGGACACGGGGUCUUUGGUGACCUGAGAGCCACACAGAGCUGGAGUGGGGAGGGGUACUGUGCUGGCCUUCCUGUAAGAAAGAACAGGGACAGGGCUGGCGCUGUGGCAUAGGGAAUAAAACCGCCACCUGCAGCGCCAGCAUCCCACAUGGGCACGAGUUCGUGUCCCGGCUGCUCCAAUUCCGAUCCAGCUCCCUGCUAAUGCGCCUGGGAAAGCAGCGGAGGGUAGCCCAAGUACUUGGGCCCCAGGACCCACAUGGGAGACCUGGAAGAAGCUCCUGGCUCCUGGCUUCAGAUCAGCUCAGCUCUGGCUGUUGUGGCUAUUUGGGGAUUGAACCAGUGGAUGGAAGAUUCUUUCUCUCUCUGUCUCUCUGCCUCUGCUUCUCUGUAACUCUGCCUUGCAAAUAAAUAAAUAAAUAAAUAAAUAAAUAAAUAGAU